AUGGCUGAUAUUGGGGCUCAGAUUGCUCUUGACUCGGACGAAACCGACUCGGCAUUUGGCGACGAUUCGGCAUCCGAGACUACUUCCCUCAAGUCGGCUGUAUUCAACUACAAGUACCGCAACGGCCGGCGAUAUCAUGCGUAUAAAGAAGGAUCAUACUGGGGGCCAAAUGACGAGACACAAUCGGACCAACUUGAUAUAACGCACCAUAUCUGCCUCCUAUUGCUCGAUGGCGAGUUGUUCCUGGCACCGAUAAAGGAACAGCCCAUGCACGUCUUGGACUUGGGAACUGGCACUGGAAUCUGGGCCAUCGAUUUUGCCGACAGAUAUCCAUCAGCCGAGGUCCUCGGAACCGACCUCAGUCCUACCCAACCCUCCAUGGUCCCGCCCAACGUUCGCUUCGAAAUCGACGAUUUCACCGAGCCAUGGCUGUUUAAGAAAGACCACUUCGACUUCAUCCACGUCCGAUCUCUCUACGGCUGUGUAGCCGACUGGUCAACCUUUUACAAAGAAGCCUUGGAUCAUCUCCAACCCGGCGGCUACCUAGAACAACUCGAAAUAUCCGUCGUCCUAAAAUCUGACGACGGCACCGUUACUCCGGGCUCAAUCUUCGACCGCUGGGGCAAAAUCUCCCUUGAACUUGGCGACCGAUUUGGAAAAUCGCUCCGCACGGCUGAUGAGUCACGAGCUGGCUUGGAAGCAGCGGGCUUCAUCAACGUGGUUGAGCACCGCUGGAAAUUACCUGUGGGAGGAUGGCCGGCCGACAAGAGAUUCAAAGAGUUGGGGCAGUAUAACCGAAUCAAUUGGGAACAGGGAAUUGAGGGGUGGAGUUUAUAUCUUCUGACUACCGUUAUGGGAUGGACGAAACAGGAGGUGGAGGUUUAUCUUGCGUUGAUGAGGACGGCGUUGAGGGAUCGGGGAAUCCACGCUUAUCAGGAAGUAUCACUGGUUUACGGGCAGAAGCCGCCACGGCCUAGGAAGGACGAUGAUGAAUGA